AUGCGAUUGAUAGCGACUGGAGCUGCUUUGCAGAUAUUUUUUCUGUUCUCUUUCGCGACGGCCAUUCCCCUUGAUGACUAUGAGGACAUAGACGCUGGCGCUGCAGCGACAAGGAUCCCCAUGCCGCAUAUUAACAGCAAUGGACACAUGAGCUACUUCGCCUAUGACAAGCACUCGGAUACGAUUAUGGCACAUAUUACGUUGAUGAUGCUGGGCUGGUGCUUUGUUCUACCUGCAGCGGUCAUUUUGAGCAUUAAACGCUCGCGACUUGCGCUCCUGUCGCAAUUUAUCUUCCUGCUUCUCAAUACCUUUGGUCUCCUCCUGGGCAUUGUCUAUAAUAGCCAAACACCGGAUCUAUAUAAGAACAACGCCCACCACAAGAUAGGAUGGAUUGGAACAUGGCUGAUCGGCGCCCAUAUCAUUCUGGCACUGAUUCUCACCUACUCUGGGCGCACCGAGUCUCAGUCAAUGUACAAGUCGGUAUUUUAUCAUACGACUGGCGCAUUGCACGAUUACUGCUCGUCCAAAGAUAAUGGCCAGAGUAAUGAGUCGAACUUGCCGAGCCAUGGCCUUGGAUCAUCAUCCUACAGGUCCACCGCCGAGUAUGACGGACUCGAAAAGAACAAGGAUGGGCUUCUGGAACAGGCUGCUCUGCGUGGCUCAUUUCGCAAAAUCGUUGUUGAUCGGUUUCUCUCGACCCGCGGCCCGGGUAUGGUCUCUAAUUUCAUCCUUCGCAUAUUCAACGUGGUACAUAAUGUGAUUGACCGCAUCAUCCUGCCAUUCGGGUUCAUCGCGAUAACUACUGGUGCUGUGACCUAUAGCGGUAUCAUGCGCGACUGUAACGCCUUGGAUGAACUGGCGCAAGUCAUUAAUUCGUUUUGGUGUGGUAUGCCCAAGCCGGGACGCUUCCUAUUGUCCUGGGCAGAUCUGGGUAAGUGCAUGAAAUAA